UUUAACCCUGUCAUUUGGCUCACAGGCACAUAAACCUCACUUGCCAUCGCUCUGCUUUCAUCCGACUUAACUCUGACCAGUCUUAAUAUGAUCUGGCUUUGCAUCACAUCGCUGUUGUCAAUUACUCCAGUCAUCUCUGAUCAAAAUAUUGAAACAAGCCGCAUCAGAGUUUUCCCAGCAGAAAACCAAAGUAUUGCUGGAGUUUUCCAGGUUAGUGGCUUAAAUGGCCUCAACCAGUCUCAGUACACCUUCAAUGCCUCUGAUGCUCGGAGGCUCUGCUCAUCUCUCGGAGUGAACAUUGCCUCAAAAGCACAAGUACGGGAAGCUCUCACUCGAGGUUUAGAAACGUGCAGGUUUGGAUGGAUUGAUGAACAUUUUGCAGUAAUCCCCCGCAUCAAGGCCCUUUCUAAUUGUGGCCAAAACCGUAAAGGCUUGGUGACAUGGCGAGCGCCUGUUACACGAAAAUUUGAUGUGUUUUGCUUCAAUGAAUCAGAUGCUGCGACACAAUUGAAGGAUGCAACAACUGAGAGCCUUUUGAACAGGAGGGAUUACUCUAAAGCAGCAAGUCCCACCCGGACCACACACGUGUCUUCCUCCUCCUCUCGUCCUUCUUCCUCCUCAACUUCUAAAACCAUUGACAGUGAGGCACAACCAGCCCGGUUUGUUGGCCGUGCACAAAGCUCUGCUGGAGUGAAGGCGAUACUCAUCACCUCAAUGUGUGCCCUUCUCCUUACUGCAAUAAUCCUCCUUGCAUACGUAAAAAUGAGGAGGAGUCGUGCUCUGAGCUCUGACGUGAAGCAGCAGCAAGAACACAUCCAGACAGAAGAAUGGAUAUGUGUGAAGGACAUAAAGGAAACCAAUGAAACUGCUCUGGAAGAUGAGAGGAUAGAAGUGGAUGAUGACAAUGCAAGAUAAACAACGUUCUGAUGUGAUUACAUGGACUACUGAAUAAUAUUAUUUUUUAAAGACGAACACGGCAAUUGUUUUGUUUGAAAGAAAUGUAACAGAAUGGCCAUGAAGAGCUUUUAUUUUGUGAGUGCGUGUUAGUAUUUACAUUCAUGUGAUGUUAUUACAUGUUGCAGUUUAGCCAUUAGAUGGCAAUGUUUGCAUUCCAAUAAUCAUUGUGAAGACUGAAGACCUUUUAUUCUUUUGCCAUACAGUAUACUGCUUCAGAUGAUGAGCAUUGAUGUAAAUGCAACAUUUCUACAACAAUUUAAAACAUUUCUUAAAAAGUAAUUUGUCGUUAUGAACUUGUGUGUUUCCCUAAGCUUAAAUAUAUAUCGAUAUCUUUCCAAACCUCUUUAAAACAUGCCACAGUAUUUAAGGGAGAGACAGAGGAAAUGUACCAGACAUAGUUUGUUAUCAGAGUCGUCUCUCACAUUGUGUUACGCUCUCUCAACCAUAAGUGUUCUUGUGUCUGAUGUACAGUAUAUACAGUAACUGUUUCUAACUGUUUCUAUGACAUACCCCCAUUCACAAAAUGGAGUGUAAGGUACAGUUGUUUAUACAUUGUGGAUUUGUGUAAUCACAAGCGAUUAAAUGUGUCUCCCACA